GAGAUUGUGCUUUUUUAACAUUUGUACCCACUCCAAAUGCUCAUGACUCAUAUACAAUUUAAAAGUUAUGUCCCUCUGGAUGCCAGGAAGAGCUGUACCACGGGCCCUUUGUCAAAAAAUAAAUAAGAAGCCACAACGGUAGGCUGUCCCACUUUACUUUUGUGCUGUGAUGUCACUAACCACAUGACCCAGCCUCUCCAGUAACAGCACAUGAAGGAAAAAAAGAGAGUUUUAAAGCUAAUGCCUUUUUGGAUUGUGUGAAUGCUUCAUUCCCCUCACAAACAACCACAGAACCACAAGUGCGGUGCAAAUUUUCUCCAGGACGACAGCAAGAAGCCUCUGGUUUGUAAAUGGUUAAUCUCCACAGGUCACUUCCAGUCACAGAGACCGACCAAGUCAUUUAAGACUUCGAGGGUCAGUAAAACCACAGAAGGACAAGAACCAUUAACAAAAAAUAAAAAAUAAAAGACUGGCUAUGGCAUCAAACAGUCUAUUUAGCUCAGUGGCACCAUGUCAGCAAAACUUCUUCUGGGAUCCCAGCACCAGCCGGAGGUUCAGCCCCCCGUCCAGUAGCCUUCAACCCGUCCCAGUUAAAAUGAGCGAAGUGAGCCCGGCGACUGGGCAGCAAGAGGCGGCCCCAGCGGUACCCAGACUUCGGGCACACGAUAACCGUACCAUGGUAGAGAUCAUCGCUGAUCAUCCAGCAGAACUCGUACGGACUGACAGUCCCAACUUUCUUUGCUCAGUCUUGCCAUCACACUGGAGGUGUAAUAAAACAUUACCCGUGGCAUUCAAGGUGGUAGCUCUGGGGGAGGUCUCUGAGGGGACAGUGGUCACGGUGAUGGCUGGUAAUGAUGAGAACUAUUCUGCAGAAUUGAGAAACGCCUCUGCCGUCAUGAAGAACCAAGUUGCAAGGUUUAAUGACCUGCGAUUUGUGGGAAGGAGUGGACGAGGCAAGAGUUUCACAUUGACAAUCACAGUAUUCACAAACCCACCCCAAGUGGCAACUUACCACCGAGCAAUAAAGGUUACUGUUGAUGGACCUCGGGAACCAAGAAGACACAGACAGAAGCUGGAUGACCAGCCGAAGCCUGGUUUGUUUUCAGAGCGCUUGAGCGAGUUGGAGCGUCUUCGCCAGACCACAAUGAGAGUCAGUGUCCCGACACAAAACCCCCGACCCUCCCUCAGCGCAGUGCCUACACCCUUUAACCCGCAAGGCCAAACCCAGAUCUCAGACCCCAGACAGGCCCAGUCAUCUCCUCCCUGGUCAUAUGACCAAUCAUAUACACCUUAUCUGAGCCAGAUGACUUCACCAUCCAUACAUUCUACAACCCCGCUCUCCUCCACCCGAGCCACAGGGCUUCCUGCUAUCAGUGAUGUGCCAAGACGCCACCCAGGAGCUUCAGAUUUGAGCCCGUUUUCAGACCCCCGGCAGUUUGAACGACAGUUCGCCGGCCUGUCCUCCCUCACUGAGAGCCGUUUCUCCAAUCCCAGGAUGCACUACCCAGCCACCUUCACCUACACUCCCACCCCAGUCACGUCAGGCAUGUCCCUGGGCAUGUCCACAACCACCCACUACCAUACCUACCUGCCACCUCCUUACCCUGGCUCCACCCAGAACCAAAGUGUACCCUUCCAAACCGGCAGCACCCCCUAUCUCUACUAUGGCUCUUCUGGAUCAUACCAGUUCUCCAUGGUGCCGGGGGGAGACCGUUCCCCUUCCAGGAUGCUCCCGCCUUGCACUAGUGCCUCAACUGGCAGCUCCCUCAUCAACCCCAACCUUCCAAACCAAAACGACGUUGAUGCUGAUGGAAGCCAUAGCAGCUCACCAACAGUGUUAAACUCAAGUGGAAGGAUGGAUGAGUCAGUCUGGAGGCCAUAUUGAAGCCAAACGAACUUCUGUGAGCCGUAAAGAAUCAUCAGCUUUAGUGACCCAGAUAACAUGAGAGCAGUAACAUUCAGCUUCGUAAUUUAAAUUGUGUGGUUUUUAAAGCACAAACCAAACUUAUAUUAAUAACCCUAUUUCAAGAAAGAGAUGUUAAACUACAAAAUUAACUAUAGCCUUCAUGGUACAAUUGUGAGAUUAUCUGCAAUGGUACUAGAUUUCAGAAUGUUCUCACAGCAAUAAGGAGGAAUAUGAGAUCAAGAGACUUUUUGAAAGAAUAUGGCAUUAUCGAAAUAUUUAUGGCCUUCCACUGCAAAUCCAAUUGCUGAAAUUGCAAAUCAUGGACAGGCCAGUAUAUUAAUAAGAGCAGAUGGGCCAAGUGCUUCCAUGUUAUUGAAUUUGACUCUUGUUUGUCAUGUACAUAGAGUUGUGUUCUAUUUUAUAAAUGCUGUUUAGUUGAGCGUUUUCUUUAAAUAUAUAUAUAUAUAUUUACUAAAUUGAAUGCUGCACAUUUAGCACUGAAUGCCAGUCUUUGCUUGUUUUAUAUAUGAAACAGAAAUGCUGUUCAUUUUUUUAAAUGUACCAGCUUGUGUGUUUGUUUAUUAUUUUUUCUCAUAAUUUAAUUUUUAGUUGCAAAGUUGGUACUGCAGAAAAGGUAACGCCUUUUAAAGCCAUAAAUUAUAUAAUGUAUUUGAUAAUUAAAACUUUUUAAAUAAUAUUUGAAGCAUCUUAGUUAAAUUAAUAGCUUAUUUUCUUAUGUAAUUUAAAAUAUAUAUUGUUAUUUUUUGAGGACUCAAAGAAAGGGUAACAUUUAAUGUAUAAUGUCGGACCACAUUUUUUUUUAAAUUAAGUUAAAGAGCCAUUUCAGGUAGAAGGCUAGUCCACUACCAAGGUCAAGUGCAGAGUUUCCUAAGCACAAAAGCACAAAAACUGGAUAAAGUAUACUUGCAUGCUGUUGCUCUUGGUAUGAAUGGUAUCAAAGCUUUUAUUACUGAUUUUAGCAUACAGCUUGGAAAAUAUCUAGGCCUUUUUUGUAUUAUAUGAAGGACAUAUGUUCUUGUAAUUCAUACUGCUAUACGUUUGGCAUCUCAAAGCCAACUUAAUGCAUAUGAAAGUUGCAAGUGAAGGCCUUCGAAGUUCCAGCUCUGCAUAACGAAAAGCACUUACUGUUAGAAGAUCCUGGGUUUGAACACAAAUUCCUCUUCCACUUACCUUCUGUGUUGCCUUUAAUACCUUGUGUCUCUGCACCACCUUGUUGUAAUUAGGUAAACCAUUCAUUUAAAACAUACUCAAAUAUAUUCAUAUUUGUUUUGCACACUUCAGGCAUUGAGACACUUAUUAAUGACACCAAUUUAAAAAAAAAAUCUUGUGUAUUCAAAAGGUAAAAGCAAAAAAGGGAACAAGUUCUUUGUUGUAUUUUGUUCUUUGUUUUUUUCAUUUGUACAAUGCCUGAUCAUGGGAAUAUUUCUUCAGUCCCCUUAAUGGCAGACCUAUAGCAUCUAAACUGGUUAUUCAGUUGGUAUGUAUAAUGUGUAGUUCUUUAAUGGUAUUGAAAUGCCUUGCAUCUCAUUUUAAUAGCUGCCAUACAGUUCCAUGAAAAAAAAAACUAACGAAUAUGGUGUUCUUAUUUAUUGCAAUAUUUACACAUUAAACACAUGAAUAACCACCCUAAGCCAAUGUAACUUUUGGAGGUCUGUAUAUGUUUUAUGUGUAUUUGGUUUGGUUUGCAAAAAACUAAAUACAGUAUGCCCGAAUCCGCUUCAUAUGAACGUUUUUAUUUUUUAUUAUUAUUCGCUGCCCUAUUUUUUGUAAACGAUUCAUGAUGUAAUUGCUUUUAUUUAUUGUCUGUGGUAGCUAGAAGAAUACCACUCUCUGUAUACUUGGAAUUUCUUUCUAAAAAAUGUAUUUUCAUUGGUACUUAAAACCAAGUGUCACACAAUUCAGUUCUCUAAGGUAAAGAAGAAGAGUACUGCCAUUGUUACCUUUUUUUUUUUUUUUUUAAACAGGUAGUAUAUUUGUAUACUAUUUUUUUUAUUGCUGGAAAUGGCUUUUGAAGAUAUGAAUAUGUUUUUGUAUACAUAUAAAAAUACUUUUCUAAAAGUUCUGGAACAAUGUAAUUUAAGAUGGCUGCAGGCAGCAACCUGGGAAGCAAAUGUAAGGAUUGUUUUGUUUGUUUGUACAGUCAAGCACUUCAUUGUCUAGGUGGAAUAUUACCAGCCCUGUUUACUUCCUGGGACGAGAGGCUUUUCAUGAGCUAUGGACAUUGCUUUUCAUAAGGGGCUAUGGACAUUGCUUUUCAUAAGGGGCUAUGGACAUUGCUUUUCUUCAUAUUGCACCAAUGCAUGACUCAAAGUUUCAGACCAAUAAGAAAUCAGUACUAAUGACCCAGCAGUAAACUUUUAGUUUUAUGCAAGCCGGUUUUGUUGUAUUUGCCCUUUCAGCAAAUGCUAAUCAAGCAAGGUUAAAUAUGCAUAAUCAUGACCUGCUUUGCAUUACAAUUGCUGCAAAAAUGACAAGAGCAUUAAUUCUAGAGACUAUGUUAUGUCAUAUUUCAUAUAUGCAAUUGUCAGUCUAGUCAUACUAAAACAUUAUAGCUGAAACAUUUUAAACAGAAGUGAAAGACUAUAUUCUUGCUAUGACCAAGAAUACCAAAAAUAUUUACGAAAUGAAUGUGCGUUUUUCCAUUACACCCCAGAGUUGAGACAUUCUUCAAUCAAACCAUAUUGAUUUCUGAAACCUUAAAUGGACCCCAUUUUAUAUCUAGUAUUUGUUGAAAAUUGUUUACAUAUUGUUUACAGACCUGUUAGCAGAUAACAGCAAGUAACUCUUGCUUUUCAGUGUAUUACCUAAUUAGAAAUAUAUUCUGUGUAUAUAUAUAUAUAUAUAUAUAUAUAUAUAUAUAUAUAUAUAUAUAUAUAUAUAUAUCACCCAACAACCAUACUGUUACAUAGUAGUUUUAAAUGUUCUCAUUGAGCUGUUUCAUAGAUACGCUUAGCAUUCUUGCAUAGCUGGAAAAUAAAUUGCAUAUUGUGUAGAAUUUGUGUAAACAUAAGCUUUUUUUCAUUGUCAUUGUCAAAAAAUUGCUUUCCAUGCACAUACUGUACAUAUGCAAUGUGUGUUUUUAUUGUGCCUCAGACUCCAUUGAUUAUGAAUGAGUUUGCUCCUCCAAAUAAUAAGGGACUAAUAACAAUUAGUGAGAUUGUCUGGCAUUUUCUCAUGAUUGUAACAUUUAUUGAAGUUUGGAUUGAAAUAAAAAUGGCUUUUUUGGUAUUUGA